CAUGUGCAGUGAAUCCCUCGCCGAACUGCAGACGACAUCUGAGAUCGAAACUUUGACAAAGAAGGCUAAAUUUCGACCCUUUCGAAAUACCACCAAGUGCGCGCUUUCCUUCCAUUUCAUCCUCAUUGCACGUUUUACUCUAAUUACGAAGGAAUAGGGGAUGUCCACCAAUUAUGUCACGCGUGACAAGAGGGAGAGGAUGGGUCUGAAAAUCUUAAUUUUUACGUGACAUAACAUAUGGGUGUUCCCAUCUAACUACAUAUUUACUGAUAUUGACGUUCGCCGGUCGUCUAAUUUAGCAAACUUGAAGCUAAGAAAAAUUAGUAAUAUAUUGUUUUCGACACCGGAAGAUACAGAUUGAAUUCAUACUUAAAAAUAAAAAAAAGUAGAGCGAUGCCUGGUAGCGGUCAGUUUUUAUGCUACUUCCUCCUUACAUGGAUUAUACAGGACAGCUCGAUAGGAAUAAGUACGAUUCGUGCUGAGAAUGCAACUGUAUCUAAAAAAUUAACAAAUUGGGAUAGAAAUUCACUGACUAUUGGUCUGGUUAAAAGUAAUUAUCGUAAAAUGGAAUAUCCAUUCCAUAGCCAGGCAUAUUACCGCAGGCUGGAAAUAAUUGAAGAGUUAAAAAAUGGUGUACCUAAACCUUUUAAUCACACUGUUGACGCCGCACUCACCAUAUUGGGCCCACCAAUACCACCAAACACGUUUCUUCGUCAGGUGACAAGUUCGGUGGCUUACCCACCACUGAUGGAGCAUUUUCCGCGGGACGUUACCGACAGGGCAAGAAUAAUUUUAAACCAAAGUGGUAUUUCGUACAUAUUAUUAUUUAAAAUUGUAUACAUUUUCACAAAUUAUUAACUCGUCGAACGGAUAAUUUUAGAUACACCAGUUCCACUCGUUUGCCGAGCACCGAGCAAAACUCGGCAAUCGAGUACCGAGCAAGGCUCGGCCACCGAGUAAAUUGUCAAAAAGAUCAUCAAAAAAUCAUUGUUUACAUAAUAUUUAAUUACCAGCACCUCAAUUUUGAGAACUGGUGGACGGAAUCACGUGAAGCUACUGAUUCUUCUUCCUGUUCCAACAUUUCGAUUAAAGUUGAUUACCGGAUAGAAUUAACAAAUUUCAUUGGUGUCUUUUUCAAGUAAGUUUGAUGUUGAUUGCAAAAAUUACAUGCUGGAUGAUUUGAACCGCUCGGUGUAAGUACCGGGUAAAAUGCUGGAUGCAUAUAAAAAUUUAAGAAAUACUCGGCCGAGCACGCAGAAAAUACUCGGCCGAGUCCGAGUAGUGAGAGCACGGUCAAAACCUGCCGAGUACUCGGCAGCGCCGAGUACUCGGUCCAUGUCUACACAUGUGUUUACACAGACAUGUACAUAAAUACAUUAAUUAAUUUGCAUACGUUCUUUAGCUCUUCAAUUAUUUCCAGCAUGCGGUAAUAUGCCGGAGUAUGGACGAGAUACUCCAUUUUGCGAUAAUUGCUCUUAACAAGGCCAAUGGUUAGUGAGUUUCUAUCCAAACUUUGUAAUCUUUCCGGUUCGGUUGAAUUUUCAGCCCGAAUCAUACGUAUUCCUGAACAAUUGUGCAUUGUAAUCCAUAUGAGAAAGAUGUAGUGAAAAACUGUAAUAUGCAAUUCUAGUUCGUCAAAUGCAUAAGUAAAAAAUUUGAAUAUGUAAAUAUGCAAAAUAUAAACGUACAAGAACAAGUGCGUAUUUAUUACCUUGGUGUUAUCAGACAUGGUUCUAUUUUGAGGUCCAAAUUCAAAUUGUUGCUUCCGAUAUGGAAAACAGGAUGGGAACAAUAUUUUGUAUGUAUUUUCUUUACAGAUAAUUAAACUGCAGGGGAAUUGAUGUAAAUCUUAAUAAAUAAGUAGUUGUCCUUCGUCUAGUUUGUAAUAAAUAACUGAGAGCUUGUUCAAAAAUGUUCAUAUUCUUAAACGACUCGUUAAAAGGUUAUUAAGGACCGAUUACCCUAAAGUGCAACUUUUAUUCGGAAGGAAGCUGAAUAUAACUGUAUAACAUCCUACAAGUAAGAUGUAUUGCUUUAGUAUGUAAAUAUACAGAUUAUGGAGCUUAUUUGUAUGUACAUAGGAGGUUUCGGUUGACAAAUAUACUUGUCAUUCAAAACGCAUUAUCCUAAUAACGGUUACAAAUAAAAAUGUUUAAAAAUGCGUCCUACAUACAGUAGAAACU